GCCAGGAAGGCGGAGGAGGCGUCGCCCAGCCUCCCUCCUCCUUCCCUCCUUCCCUUCCUUCCUCCCAUCCGCCUGCGGAGCCGCAGAGCCGCCGCCUCCUGCAUGCCAGAAGGCGGGGCGAGAGCGCCUUGGCCGCGCAAGCAGGCAGGCAGGCAGGUUGCCUUUUCAGGAGUCCAUGAGAACACAGCCCGGGCUCUGAAGAUGACGGAAGUUCAGAUUGACACGUCCCGCCUGCCUCCGGUCCAGGAAGUUUGCCGAGAUUUUGCUGUCCUGGAAGACGGCGCUUUGGCUUACAGCCUCCAAGAGCAAGAGAUUGAACAGCAUUACACUUCGAACAUUCAGAAGAACCAACUGGUCCAGAAGGACAUCCGAAUUGCCAAGAAGCUUCAGGACCUGGAGGAGGAAGCCAGGAGGAAGCACCAGCUCUCUGAGCAGCAGAAGGAACUGGAAGAUCGGGACUCCGAAAUUGCCCGUGCCAUCCAGGAAGACAUUCGGAGGGAGGCGGAGGAGAGUUGCCAGAGGAAGGAGAAGGACCAGGAAAUAGCCAAGCAGCUGCAGGACUUGGAGGAGGACAGCCUGCAGAAGAAACAGCAGCUGUGGCUCAGGAGCUCAAGUGCAACACAGCAAGAAGGAGGAGAAGAUGACUCCCUUGGGCCCCUAAACUGGGUGAUGGCAGAACUUGAACUCCAGAACCAGCAGCAGCUCCAGCAAGACGAAGAACUAGCCCGGGAGCUGCAAGCUGAGGAAGUGGCUCGCCUGAAAGCCAGGAAGAACCGUGAACGCCACAAUGACUACAGGGCAGCCCAGGUGGCUCAGGAUGAGGAGAUUGCCCGCUACAUGCAAGACCAGGAACUAAAAGCUCAAUGGAGAUCCCCCAGGAGGAGCAGGACCAUGACAGGGGUAGGGACCAUGGAGGAGGCAGCCCCCAGCAGCAGCCCUAGCCAAGAGAAUGGUCCAGGGUCUGUCUUACGUGGCGCCAUGUUGCUUUCUUGCCAGAAGGAGGCGCAAGAGAGCUGCGGAGCCGCAUCGCCAACCGGACUCUGGUCCUCGGACAGCUCAGAGGUGCCCCCCCACGGAGGCCAGCCGGACAUCAGGUUGUCCCUCAGGCCGCAGCUGUGCCGGAAUAUCGCCGAAGACCUGGACCCAACCUUCAGGGGCCAGAGGGUGGAGGACCCUGCUGGAAUGGUUGCCCAUUGCUCCAGAGCCGCUGCUGCCCCAGGAGGACGCUCGGUCCCUGCGGGCGGCUUCUUCGACUACCCAGACGAGCUUGGCGAACCUGCCUUUGUGUCCCCGACAAAACGACAGCCAGAGAAGGUAGGCCGUCAGAAACCCAGGGACAAGAAGGAAGGCUGCAAGCAACAGUGACGCAUCCACUCCCCACAGAGCGGCUGCUCCCCCCCACCCCUCGCCACAGCAGGGACUCAGAGAGAAGGGGGCUUCAUCCCUCUGGCCUCUUCGUCACCUCUGCCCAUACCU